AACGAGCCUUGGGAAUGAAAAUCGAAGGAACAAAAUAGCACCUAAUCAGAUCACAUGUAUCAGUCUUUUAAUCUUGUUAUCCCUUGGGCGAAACAAAGCAAAGAUGAAGAUGAGAAGUGCGGCAUUGUCGAAUGCUGUUGCUGGUAGCACUGGUACAUCUUGCUCUUUAUCUUUCUUUCCUCCACGGAUGCAUCAAUGCAACACAAUUUCAUGCCGUCCAAGAUUUCUCCCAAAAAUUUUGGCGCUAUCAACCAACGAUAUCAAAGUGGGUACCAACAUAGAAGUUGACGGAGCUCCAUGGCGUGUAAUGGAGUUCCUGCAUGUAAAGCCUGGGAAAGGUGCAGCUUUUGUAAGAACAAAAUUGCGGAAUUAUGUGUUUGGCAACACAGUUGAUAAAACAUUUCGUGCUGGGGCAUCAGUGGAUUUGGCAAAUAUUGUGAAGGAAACAAAACAAUAUACAUAUAAAGAUGGUGCACAGUUUGUGUUCAUGGAUAUGUCCACAUAUGAUGAAUCCCGACUAAGCGAGACAGAAAUUGGUGACAAGAAAAAGUGGUUGAAGGAGGGCAUGGAAUGCAAUGUCCUCUCUUGGAAUGGACGGAUAAUUGAUGUUGAGUUUCCAAUUACUGUCAAGUACAAAGUUACUGAAGCGGAAGCUGGGGUGAAAGGAGACACAGUACAAGGUGGAUCAAAAUUAGUUACUUUGGAGACAGGUGCUGUCGUUAAUGUUCCUCUGUUUGUCAAUCUUGGUGAUGAGAUUCUUGUAGACACAAGGACAGGGACCUACACAAGUCGUGCUUAGGUGCUAUUUCCUAAUAAUUAUUUUCUAUAGGCUCCAAUUUUUCAGCAAAACAACAUUCUAACAAUAUUAUCAAUUUAUAUUUUUGAAUUUGUUAAUGCAUCUCUUGGCUGCAACUUCAAUAAUCUUAGUUUUGUA